AAUUUGUAUUUUUCGCGAGAGCGGACUUUUGCGGCCUAUGACUCCUCGGGCAUCCUUCGGUUUUGCCUAGCGAGCUUGCCCGCCAAACCGGGCUUCCAGUCCGGGGCACUGGGUCGGCCACGUCGGUACCAUCCCCGCUCUGCCCGUGCUGGGCGCCUCUUACAGUGAAUGACGGAGUGAAACAAAGCCUUCCUCGUAAUACUUUGUUUUGUUGUGGUGAUAAUGAUGGUGAUGAACGUGUAUAAAGCGGCGGGGGGAGGGGUACAAACACGCUUAAAUGCUGGCGUAUGUUGUGGACUGUUCAAGUCUGCUGCUGCUACAAUUAACCUGUAAAGUAAAACAAAACAACGCCUAUGAUUAUAUACUGUAUAGGAAUAACGAGGCCUUAAGAGCAUAAUUGUACUCCCCUUCCAGAUCAGCACAGCCAGUUAUCACGAUUCCCAGUCGCGAUUUUAUGCAAGGAUCGAUGCUAUUUCCUCCAAGGAUCGUCCUUUGUUUUGGUGGCACAAUCUCAUUGUAUCGUGGCCGUAUCGUGCGUAUGCAGAAUAUGAACCGAUUCAUACGUACGAUUCGGUAUCGUACACAUGGUUUGUGCAAGUAUGUUGUACUUUCGCACCGUACGUAACCAACCUUUCUAAUUGGAGAGUUUAGGGUGGGUUUGAAUGUCAUUUGUUUACUACUAUCUUAUACAAUACACGUUUUCCUCCUGACUCUUAAUGUAGCUCGAGUCAUGCAUCCCCACACUGGUCAAAGUUGAGGUUUUAAAUGAUCUCGUCCAUGUCUACCUUCAUCCAGCAGUAAAAAUAGACGUGGUAAUGACAUGCUCUGUAACUUAUGGCUCUCCCUUGUUAAACAUGACAUUUUAGACGUGCUGUCGAGAUGAAAACCGGAAAACUCUACAAGCUUUGGGUUCAUAAAAAGGGUUUUCACGAAAGUGACGAAGAGGUGGUAGUGAACCCAAAAGUAUUUCCAAAUGUUAAGAUUGGCGAUAUUUUGGAAAUUGCUCACCCAGAUGAUGAGUACAGCCCAUUAUUACUCCAAGUAAAAUCGUUAAAGGAAGACCUACAAAAAGAGACUGUCAGCGUGGACCAGUCAGUUGCAGGUGUAUUUAAACUACGUGCCUACCAGGAUGUUUUUGUCAAUGUUGUUGAACCCAGUGAUGUUACACUUGACCUGUUGGAGCUUACCUUUAAGGAUCAAUACAUCAGCCGCAGUGAUAUGUGGAGACUCAAGAAAAGUCUGGUCAGCACAUGUGCAUACAUCACACAGAAGGUGGAAUUUGCAGGGAUUAGGGCCCAGGCCAGUGAACUGUGGGUCAAGGGAGAGAAAGUCACCUGUGGGUUCAUCUCUGAGGAUACCAGAGUUGUUUUUCGUUCGACAUCGGCAAUGGUUUACAUUUUCAUCCAGAUGUGUUGUGAAAUGUGGGACUUCAACAUCUCUGGUGACCUGUACUUUGAAAAGGCUGUGAAUGGGUUUUUAACUGAUUUGUUUACAAAAUGGAAGGACAAAAACUGCAGUCAUGAAGUAACGGUGGUUCUUUUUUCAAGAACAUAUUAUGAAGCUAAAAGCAAAGAUGACUUUCCGGAGGCACUCAAUUGCCACAUACAGCAGGACUUCAGGGGCCGUUUCUAUGAAGAUUUUUAUCGAGUGGUGGCGCAAAAUGAGAGGCGAGACGAUUGGAUGUCUCUGCUGGUCACCAUAAAGAAGAUCUUCAUUCAAUACCCCAGGCUUGUACGACUGAAGACCGUUGAGGGUUUUCCAAAGGCCCACAAUUCCACUGCAGCCCAAGGCAACUACUUGGAAUCAAUCAACCUCUCUUUCAAUGUGUUUGACAAGCACUACAUAAAUCGUAAUUUUGACCGUACUGGUCAGAUGACAGUCGUGAUCACACCGGGCGUGGGUGUAUUUGAGGUGGAUCGACAGCUGAUGAUUCUUACAAAACAGCGCAUGAUUGACAAUGGAAUCGGGGUGGAUCUGGUAUGCAUGGGAGAACAGCCACUCCAUGCUGUGCCUCUAUUUAAGCUGCACAAUAGAAGCAGCAAAGAUGGCAGCGUUGGUGAUGACUACAACAUUCCUCACUGGAUCAAUCACAGUUUUUACACUUCGAAAAACCUUUCCUACUGCGCCUCCUUCACUCCCCGCAUCAAACUGGCUCCCAAGAAGGAAGCAAUACACAGUAAGCAUAUCCGCGACAAUGGGAUGUCUGCUGCAAAGGAGUCUGAGACUAGCCUACCAAUACAGGUGGACUAUGAAGCUUAUGAUGCCCAGGUGUUCAAGAUACCAGGCAGCACUCGUUGCAACCGGAGUCUUCACAGCCGACCUUCGUCGCACGACGUGCGUGCUCGAGUCACCACGAGCUUCAGCGAGGUGCCACCAAGCCCUGUCCUUUCGGGGAGAAGUCAGUGCUCGGAGGAGGCCAACAGCCAGGCUUCGGACGACAGCAUGUUAGGCAGAACUACGGGCGCGUGCCUCAUACCGCGUGCUUGUCAACGCCAGUGUGAAAUCAGCAGCUCCCUCGGCUACACCACCACACGAGACUUGGCCGAGAGGAACAACUACCGCGACGAGGGGGACUCGAGUGCCCCAGGCCGCUUCCAGGUGGGCAGUGCCGAAUCACUGCUGCGCACCAAGCAUGGCAGCUGUCCCCCGCAGCGCGCGCUCAUCAACCCCUUUGCUCCGUCGCGCAUGCCCAUGAAGCUCACCUCCAACCGUCGCCGAUGGAUGCACACGUUCCCCGUUGGUCCCACAGGAGAAGCUUUUCAGAUUCACCAUCAGAUGCGACCCAACCCGGAAGAGCUGGCCCUCCAGCUUGUGGAUUCAGAAGAGUUUACCGAGAGUGAGAGUACACCUGAUCGGAAGCGCAAAAAUUCACGGAAUAUCUUGGAGGACAUUCCAUUCCCACCGUCCAUCAGUGGCACAAACCUAUGCAGCCUUGAAGAACUCUCCCCUUAUCUCCCCAAGCACGGUUUUUCUUGCAAUGCUGUCUCGAAAAAGGCAGCCGUUUCAGUCGAGAAAAAUCUACCCCCCCUCCCAGAGCCCACUGACAGCCCGUCUCCUCCUGUAGUGCCCAGUUUCUGUUGCACAGUUGGGGUGGAUUGGAAGUCUCUCACCACCCCUGCCUGUCUUCCUCUCACUACGGACUACUUUCCGGACAAGCAGUCCUUGCAGAACGAUUACUCGGAGGGAUGCUAUGAUUUGCUUCCGGAUACGUUUGAUGCAGACAGAAGCGACGAGGAAUGUGUCAAGAGGCUGACAACGCAGCAAGUGUACGAGGAGUUUAUCUCUCAGAGGUUAAUGCAGGGCUACCAGCUGAUUGUUCAGCCCCGCACCAGCAAGACCAAUGUGUCUACCCCAAGUCUACCAUUGAGCAGCAGUCCACGUUUCACCAAAGGGAUUUUCUCCCGGGCACUGGUGGAGGAGGAGACCCACCACUGGCUAAGCAUGGGUCGCAACCUGCACAUGGUCUCUCUGAAGGACAAGAAGAUCAGCGUCACACGAUACUUACCGAAGCACCCAUAUGAGUCAGCCCAGUUUCCAUACACGUACAGCCUCUGUACCCCACACUCGGAUGGCGAGUUUCUUUCCUGCUGGGUAGAAUUCUGCCACGAGCGUCUGGAGGAGUACAAGUGGAACUACCUUGAUCAGUACAUUUGCUCUGCAGGAUCUGAGGACUUUAGUCUCAUUGAAUCGCUCAAGUUCUGGCGGACACGAUUCCUGCUUCUCCCCGCGGCCACGGCACUCACGAAGCGAAUAUGUGAGGGAGAGGAACCCUGCAACAGCUACGAGUGGCAGCGAAGCGAGGACGAGGAGCUGCAGCUCAUAGAUAACUUCAUCCGCUUCAUGGAGAGCCUCAAUCGCAUGCGAAGACGCCAUCGCUCCGACCGCAUCAUACGCAGACAACCGGAUGGUAUGGUUAAGAUUCCUGCGUUGAAGCCGCCGGCGUCUGGUGCCUCCUGUGGGCCAAGUGUGGCGUCUAUGAUGGGCCAGGAUCCCGGCAACCCAGUUAACAUCAGAAAAGGCACAUCUGCCCUUGCCGCUCUUCUGGAGAUGGAGGCCAUCCAAAGGAGCGAAGAGGAGCGAUACUCGGUGAAUGCGAUUAAACCUACCACAGAGUCACAGCCUGGGGUUCCCAGUAUGACCCCAACUUACCUGGACAGCCCCAGGAAGGAGGGAAGUUUCUUUGCUGAGGUAGUGCGAAGUCCUCGCUCUUCUUCCUCCUCCUCUUCUUACCACACACAGCAGUCGAUAACGGCAGACGUGGCAGCAGUGACAGUGACCUAUGCCGAUGGCAGUGUGAUUGCUUCCAACGUGCAUGGAGAACAGAGUUCAACAGGGGACAACAGCAGUUUGGCUCAACCAGCAGUACUGCCAGAUGUUAAUGGUGGCCAUGCUUACCUACUCAAUAUUCUGGACGCCAUGAAACAUCCUAAUACUGGAGUGCAGUUCCUUUCAGAACAAAAGGGUUUGCCAACAAAUUGCUUCAUCAGCGCUGAAGCUGUGCACUGGGUGAUGAGCACAGUGGAGGGAAUGGUCAACAGACAGUGUGCGGUGGAUGUAUUGCAGAAAAUGUUGGACGAUCAACUCAUCUCGCAUGCAUCUGGAGACACGUUGCGAGCUUUUAUUUACGGCUUCUAUUUCUACAGAGUGGUGACUGACACCGACACGGAUAAGGUGUCGUCGUACGGGAACCGAAGCACGGCCAGCGCUGCCUACGACCUGGCCCUGUUUCAGAAGAGUUGGUUCGAGGUGGCCUUCCCGAUAGAGGAGUCGAUUCACUCAAACAUCCCCACCUUCCUGCUGCCCUGGUUGCCCAGCCGCCCCACGUCCUAUGCCAGUCGCCACAGCUCCUUGAGCCGUAGCUUUGGUGGACGCAGCCAGGCUGCUGCUUUGCUCGCAUGCACUGUCCCUGAACAGAAGACAGUAACACUGGAGGUUGAUGUCAAUAAUCGCAGCGACCGUUUGGAGUGGUGCAGCUGCUAUUACCAUGGGCAAUAUUCCUGCACCGGUGCCUUUGAGCUGAAGCUUCAGUGGAUGGUGGCCACAGCGGCUGUGCUUUUUGACAUGGUUCAAGGAUGGUGCCGGAAGGCAACGUCCUGUGGGUUUCACCUGGUUCCGGCACUCGAUGGACCCUUUGCACUCCCAAGUUACCUGUAUGGAGACCCCCUGCGUGCCUCCCUUUUUGUGCCUCUUUCAGUCGGCUGCCUGAUCACAGAAGGGAGUGAUCAUCUCUUCAGUGCAUUUGACCAAGAGACAUACAUGGACAGAAUGCAUCUCUUCCAAGAAGCCAUUCUGGCUAGAUUUGGUUUCAUUCAAGACAAAUACUCAGCUGCAGCAUUUAACUUCCCAGCGGAGAGCCGGUCACAGUUUAUACAUGUCACAGGUGUGGCAUUUGUCCAGCUUCCAUACGUGAAGCGCAAGCAUCCCUCGGGUCAGCAACGGCGAAGAAGAAAUUCUUUCUCAUCGACCACGCCUGCGUCUCUCCCUGAAGAAAAGCUUGGCUUUUGCUGGGCAGCCAAUGGCAUGUUGACCAAAAGCUGGCGCUCGGGAGCAACUGGUGAUGAGCGCUUCCCAGACAAGCUGCUUCGUGACUUUUCCGAAUUCUGUGCAAACAAAGACAACCGUCUCUUGCAUUACUGGCAAAGCUGCUUGGAGAAUGGAAGUGCUCCAUGAAUGGAUUCUUCAUCACCAUCUUCCCUCGCCAGUACUUUAUGCAAUUGUUGAGGCCAUGACAUUGCCAAGUGAUAUGUGCAGGUGUAAGUAGAAAGUACCAUAUAGUGAAAAACUCUGAUUGCACCUUGUCAAUUUGCUGGAGCCUAGAGGAUACGUAAUCAAAAACCUAAAAAGGCAACCGAUUUUUACUAAGCGACUAUCAAACCAUAUAUGGAAUAUAAAGUAAAACCCAAAUAACCCGCGUUGAUAUGGAGGGGGACGAUAUCGCCGAUUGUGGGAGGAAAACGGCGCGUGAUUUAAUAAAUAGGUAAUAACUUUGCUGAUAAAGAGGGAAGGGCCAGCUCGUUACGAGCCGAUAAAUGAAUCCGCAAUUCACAGAUUACAAGUUUGAAUUUUUCUAAGACCCAAAUGGCACAAAGCUGCCAUAUGGAUUGCUAUUCAAGUCAAGUCUAAAAAAAUGCUAAAUUCUCUCCUAAAUAAAUUACGCCAACACAGCUUGUCUGCAGAUACGAAACAAAUUUGCGUUUCCCUUAAGUUUUCUGUUAACCCCACCCACUUCUUCAGUUUGUCCAUAAAAGCAUUUUCAACCUUAUGUAAAUUACAAUGGCAGUUGUGAACUGCCAAUGAUAUGUGAAUUUUACAGGGAUUCACAGAUUGGAUCAAGGAUUAUUGGAGUUCUGUAUAGUAGAUCAAGGUAAUUUGUAAAGUUUGUAACAGGUAGGGUUCAUAGGAUAUUUUUGAAAAAAGGAUUCCAGUAAAAAAUAUUUUGUUUGAAAUCACAUUGUUUACAUGCAAAUCAUGUUUCAAAUGCGUGCAGGUGCUGUCACUUUCAAAUAUGUUAAGACUUUUGAAAAAUAUGUUCAUAACGUGAAUUUGAUUUUUUUGGUAAUAGAUGUAUUUCAAUUAACUCGCUUGCAAUGGUAAGUGUACUCUUGCCAUGUAUCAAAACAUAAAUGCACAUUUUCCCAUGACGAUUUGCCUCCGAAAUUCUGGCAUAGGAGUGGCUCAUUGUUUUCUGUUCUUUAAACAAAAUGUAUACAUUUAUGAAAGUUUAGUUGUAUUUUAUCAAAUUAAAACGAAUGGUAAGUUUCAGUCCCGAUUGUUAAAUAUACAUGUACUCGCAAUUUGAAUAUCCAAAUAAUAAAAUGAUUGACCAUC